AUGACAUUCACUUUGGUAGUCGCCUUCUUAAUGUUAGUCUGUACGGAAUACUUAGGACUAUCUCUUUAUAUUAAUGAUAAUGCAUUUGGUAAUGGACUUUUCAUCUUAACUGGUAUACAUUUUAGCCAUGUUAUUGUUGGAGCUAUCCUUGUAUUCUUCACUCAAACAGUUUGUUCCCUAUCUACAUAUUAUCUAAUUGGUUUAAUUUUCUUACAAACGGCUUUUGGUUUGAUUGAAUUAUCGCACCCAGAUAACUCCAUACCAGUGAACCGGUUUGUAACUCCGCUUCAUAUCGUACCUGAAUGGUACUUUUUAGCAUAUUAUGCGGUGUUAAAAGUAAUCCCAUCCAAAACCGGUGGUUUGUUAGUAUUUAUGUCCUCUCUCAUUAACUUAGCUCUUUUAUCUGAAAUUCGAGCUUUGAAUACUCGAAUGUUGAUACGACAACAUUUUAUGACUCGAAAUGUAGUCAGUGGAUGGGUAAUUAUUUGGGUAUACAGUAUGAUCUUCUUGAUUAUUAUUGGUAGUGCUAUUCCACAAGCGACUUAUAUCUUAUAUGGUAGAUUAGCUACUAUCGUAUAUCUUACUACCGGAUUGGUUCUAUGCUUAUACUAA